UUCACUUUCUGUUGACAGAGGGGAGAGUUUGCUGAAGAUAGCUGUGUCAUUCUAGCUACACUGAAUAAUAUAAGUCUUUCGAUCCUCACAGUUCAACGGCUAUUCCACAGCGGUUGAAGUCAUGUCAGAUCUACUGUCAGAUAUCAGGAAACACGACGAAAAUGCAGCCCGUAAGUUUGAAGUCAAGUCACAUCUACUGCGGGAUAUCGAGAGACACGACAGAAAUGCAGCCCGUGUGUUGGAAAAUGCACCGUCUCCUCAGGGUCCUGUGGCAGCAUCGACUCGUUCAGCUCGUUACUGUUCAGUUGGACAAAGUAAAUAUGACUUCCUAUGAUUUGACUUCAGUUCCAUUUAUAGAUGGUAAAAUUAAUUGUCUGUUUUGCAGUUUUAUAUCUUGAGAAACUUAAGUUUUAAUUCUCAAAAUGUUCUUUUUCUUUGACCCUGAAAGACUUGAAAAAUUUGUUUAACUUUAGAUGUUGGUGUCCUACAUUUUCCUUCUUUCUUCUAAGUAUUCGUAUGACUCAGUUUGAUAAAUAAAAACUAACAGCAUAAUAUUAAUUAUGAGUUUUGGUCCUUUUAUUGGCAAAAGACUUCAUCAAACUGUCUCAUCAGGACAUCUUUAAAGAUAGUGGUAUGUAAUAAAAGACUGCGCAAUAAAAAGUCAAAUUAUAUUGUUUUUAAUUCUCCUGUGAUCUGAGAUACUGUCAUUGUUGUUAACAUAACUUUAAAGAUUCCUUCUGUUUUUUGUGUCUAUAUAGAACAACAGUGUCCAGUUUAUCUGAAAUAUUAGAUUAUUCCAUGUAGUUUACACAGUUGUUGUCCUAUUUAUGUGAGUAUAUGCUAUUUUUAAUCUAGUGAGGUACAAAUAGGUAGUCUGUGGGAAAACCUUUGGUGCCCAUCAGGGCAUCUUGGAUAAAGUGAAGGAGCAGGUCCUGCUUACUGAGAGCAGAUCACCAGAUGAUCACCAGAUCACCAUUCUGUUCUGUGUAAUCAGCUCAAGUGUGAGAUCUGAUGUGGAUGCAGCCUUGGCUGAUGUGAAAGAUAACAAACCCAUCAUUCUGGUGUUGAUGCACCGCUCACGUGAGCCCACAGUCACAACGUCUGUGAGAACACGGGCCCAUGACGGCAACGACGCCAACAUCAUCUUGCAUGUUGAAAUGUGUUAGUAGAAGAAGCCUUGCCGGUGGUGGAGUGAAAAGGGGCGGGACUGCUGUAACUGUCAUUGAUGUUCCCUCCGCUACCAAUCAUCGUUUGAGGAGUUGCUGACGUCACGACAUGAGGCCGUCUUUAAAUCCUGCUUUUUCACGACUGUUAAAGUCAUGUCAGCUCUACUGUCGGUUAUCAGGAGACACGACGAAUAUGCAGCCAGUGUGUUGGAAGAGGCAGGUUUUCGAUCUGACUGGGAUUUGAAGGUUCUGACCCGAGAAGACCUGAGAGAACUGUUUCAGGAACCAGAACAACUCGAACUAAGAAGAAAGAUCUUUGAAAUAAUAAACACGCAUAAACCAGUAGAAGAGCUCCUUAGAAAAGUGGGAGAAUCUAUUCCAGGAUACUUGAGGGAUGCUCUUGCAGGCAAUCAGGUCUUGGGUGAUUACCUCUACACCCUAAAGGAUCUGAAGGUCCAGAUGAAUAAAGUCCUUGAAUUCCUUGAUGCUCACAUCAAUUGUCUGGAAAAGAUCGUAAACGACACUCCUCAGAGGGAAUCUGAAAAAGUCAAGUCAGAUCUACUGCGGGAUAUCGAGAGAUACGACAGAAAUGCAGCCCGUGUGUUGGAAAAGGCAGGUUUUCGAUCUGACUGGAAGUUGAAGACUCUGAACCCAGAAGACCUGAGAGACCUGUUUCAGGGAUCAGAUCAACUCCAACUAAGAGGGAAGAUCUUUGAAAUAAUAAACACACAGCCAGUAAAUGAGCUACUAAGAAGAGUGGAAGAACUUAUUCAAGGAGAUUUCUUGAGGGAUGCUCUACCAGACACAGUCUUGACUGAUUACCUCUUGGCCCUGACAGAUCAGAAGGUCCAGAUGAAUAAUGUCCAGGAAUUCUAUGAUGCUCACAUCAAUUUUCUGAAGAAGAUGAGAAAAGCCACUCCUCAGGGAGAAUCUGAGGAAGCAAGCUGUGCUACCAACAAUGACCAAAUUGGUGGUCAUCGAUCAACAGUACAAGAUGCACCGUCUUCUCAGGGUCCUAUGGCAGCAUCGACUUGUUCAGCUCAUUACCAUUCAGUUGGCCAAACAGAAGACUUCAUCGAACUGUCUCAUCAGGACAUCGUUAAAGACAGUGUGAGGUACAAAAUGGUUGUCUGUGGAAAAACCUUUGGUGCCCAUCUGGAUAUCUUGGAGAAAGUGAAGGAGCAGGUCCUGCUUACUGAGAGCAGCGACGAUCACCAGAUCACCAUUCUGUUCUGUGUAAUCAGCUCACGUGUGGGAUCUGAUGUGGAUGCAGCCUUGACUGAAGUGAAAGAUAACAAACCCAUCAUUCUGGUGUUGAUGCACCACUCACGUGAGCCCACAGUCACAACAUCUGUGAGAACAUGGGCUCAUGACGGCAACGACGCCAACAUCGUCUUGCAUGUUGAUGUUUUCUACCAUGAGACAUCUGGAUUAGUGAAGUGUGGACAAAAUGAUGAUGCUGUCUCUUCAAUUCAAAAGAAAUUACUGGCUAUGUAUCCAGAAAGUAAACCAGAUAUAGACACUCCACCAACUAAAAAAGGAAAAAAGAGGUGGCAAGUCUGGUAAAGAAGACAGUGAUAAGAGUGGUAGUGGGGUUUUUUUUAGCCUCCUUUCUUAGAAGCAAAAAGUGAUGGUUUUCACCAAGAGCAAAACUGAAAUUAAUAUGGAUUGAUUUACAUGCUUUUCUGUAGAGAGAAAUAUAUACAUACUGAUUAGCAAGAUCUGUAAAAAGCAAGUGGAAAAUGUGAAUGUUGUUUUUGAUUAAUCAGUUUAUGCAAAAAUAAGAUGUACAAAGGUAAUGACUGCCUAAAGAAACUCAUUUUUUGCCUCACAUUUAUCUAAAAAUGAUGUUGCAGAGAUGUACGUGUAGAAGAUGUAAUGAUCAAUGCACUGUCAGUAGCAGCAAGUUUGUGGGAAAUCGUAAUGUCUGUGGUACAUUUUAUGUACAGUAUGUUUCUUCAACUAGGACUACUGCUAGCCCUGAACUUCAAUCACAGUCUCAUGCCAGUGUUUUUUGCAAUUUUUUUUCCAACUCUUAAUAAAUGCUAAUUUUACCACAUUGAAAUCUAUGAAAUUGUUUUACAAAUAAUUUGACAAACGACACCCCUAAUAUUA